AUUUACCAAAUAUUUCAAACUAUCUCAGAGGGCCAUUUCAAUUGUUCUUGGAUAAUUUCCAGAAAAUUUAUUCUGGGUCGGAUUUGUUUUUUCUUAAAAAAAUUUAAUUCUAUCCGUAAAGAUACAGUUUUGAAAUUUGCCCUCUUUGAUAGUUUUGGAUAAGAUAUCAAAUUUGCUUAAUCCAAGACAUCUAAAAUGAAGGUUUCAAUGGUUGGAAGCUCUCAGAUGAAUCUUGCCCGGAUGGAUUUGGGAUGUAAAGAAGCUGGGUUAUGCAGUUUUAGUAAAAAUUUGAGUUUUGCUAAGAUCUCUUCCCAGAAGAAGAAUUCAAUGUUCUGGCUGGGUCAAAGUAGCGUUCCAUGGUCUUCAAGAUCUUUUGUUCCCUUGAUUUGUAAAGCUUCUGCCUUUUCUAAAGUUGAUGCUGUUGUAUCUGAGAAGGUUUCUGCAAAUACAAGUUCCAAAGCUGACAAAGGCUUAAGAUUGUAUGUUGGCUUGCCAUUGGAUGCGGUAUCAAGCUCCAAUACGGUAAAUCAUGCUCGAGCGAUUGAAGCAGGGUUGAAAGCUUUGAAGUUACUGGGAGUCGAUGGGGUUGAGCUCCCAAUCUGGUGGGGUGUUGCUGAGAAGGAAGCGAUGGGGCAGUACGAUUGGACAGGCUAUCUUGCUCUAGCAGAGAUGGUAGAGAAAAUGGGCCUCAAACUUCACGUAUCGCUUUGUUUUCACGCAUCUGGUGAAGCUCGCAUUCCAUUGCCUCAAUGGGUUUCUCAGAUUGGUGAAUCUCAACCAGACAUUUUUUUUUCUGAUCGGUUUGGCCAGCAGUAUAAAGACUGUUUGUCGUUAAGUGUGGAUGAGCUUCCUGUUCUUGACGGAAAGACUCCAACUCAAGUGUACCAAGACUUCUGUGAGAAUUUUAAGACUGCUUUCUCGUCAUACAUGGGUUCUACAAUCACUGGCAUAUCAAUCGGUCUUGGACCAGAGGGCGAGCUUAGAUAUCCUUCUCAUCAUCGUCCAUCAAAGGAUGGUCCUCAUUAUGGAGCCGGUGAAUUCCAGUGCAGUGAUAAAAAUAUGCUCAGCCAUCUUAAGCAACACGCAGAAGCUGUUGGGAAUCCUCUUUGGGGGCUUUCUGGUCCUCAUGAUGCCCCCAAAUCCAACGAAAUGCCAGUUGCAAAUGGUUUCUUUAAGGAGCACGGAGGAUCAUGGGAGACAGGAUAUGGCGAUUUCUUUCUUUCCUGGUAUUCAGGACAGCUGAUUUCGCAUGGAAAUCGUCUACUGUCCCUUGCUUCCUCAUCCUUCGGGGAUGUUGAUGUGACUAUUUCUGGAAAAGUUCCGCUUCUUUACACGUGGUACCACAGCCGGUCUCACCCUGCUGAGCUGACUGCAGGAAUCUACAACACAGUGACUAGAGAUGGCUAUGAAGAAAUCGUGGAAAUGUUCUCGAAAAAUAAAUGCAAGAUUAUCCUCCCUGGAAUGGACCUAACCGACGAGCAGCAGCCAAAGGAUACCCAAUCCAGCCCAGAAUCAGUAAUGAAACAGGUCAUAUCAUCUUGCAAGAAGCACGGCGUCGAAAUCUCUGGCCAAAAUGUGAAUAUUUCGGGUAAUCCCGCUGGAUUUGAACAGAUAAAGAAGAAUUUGAUGGGUGAAAAUGCGGUGGACUUGUUCACAUAUCAGAGAAUGGGGGCUGCAUUUUUCUCUCCUGAACAUUUCCCUUUAUUCACAAACUUGGUUAGAAGCUUAAGUAAACCCCAAGUACAUCCAGAUGACUUGCCUGUUGAAGAAGUUGAGCCUUCUCUUUCUCUACCCGGUAAGGAUCGUCAAAUGCAGACUGCCUAG